AUGGCAUCUGUUCAGCAGCAAGCCAAUGGCAACGGCAAUGGCGCAGCAGUGAGGCCCCCAAGACCGGAGCACGAGGGCCCCCAAGAGAACAUCUUCCUCUUCAUCCCCAACUUGAUUGGCUACUCGCGCGUCUUCCUUGCCUUAACAUCGCUCUACUACAUGCCUCUCCACCCACGCACAUGCACUCUCCUCUACAGCGUAUCCUGCCUUCUGGAUGCACUGGACGGCUAUGCCGCCCGCAGAUACGAACAGAGCACCAAAUUCGGGGCCGUGUUGGACAUGGUCACGGACAGAUGCACCACAACCUGCCUGCUCGUUUUCUUGGCCCAGGCUUUCCCUCGGUGGAGCAUCGUGUUCCAGCUGCUGAUUUCCCUGGACCUGGCGAGCCACUACAUGCACAUGUAUGCCACCUUGAGCAUGGGUGGUAGCGCGCGCAGCCACAAGAAUGUCGAUGAGAGCAGGAACUGGCUGCUGAAGCAGUACUACUCAAACAAUAAAGUUCUCUUCACACUCUGCGCCAUGAACGAAGUCUUCUUCAUCGCCCUAUACCUUCUCUCCUUCAGCUCACCCUACCUCUCGCCCACCCUAUUCUCCGACUCCAAGAACCCGUCUUCCCUUCAACCCGGCUCGCCUGCAGCCCCGGAGCCUUCCAUGUUCUUCGCUAGCCCCUUUUCUGCUGCAGCUAUGGAGAUGGCCCGCGCAAACAAGAUGGAUUCCACCGUUCCUUGGAUCUUCAUGGUGGUAGCGCUGCCAUUUAUGCUGAUCAAGCAAUGGAUCAAUGGUGUGCAGAUGAAGACAGCAAGUCAAUGGCUUGCCGAAGGUGACCGUGAGGCGAGGAGGCUGGCAGGCCUACCCAGGAGAAAUGGCUCGAAGAAGAGCCAGUAA